UCCUUUCCUUCGGAGCUCAAAAAUCCGCUAUAACCAAAACAACCCCAAAGAAAAAAAGAUAAACAAAAAAAAAACCUUAAAACUCCAAAAACAUGGCAACCGAAAUGGCCCUCGUAAAGCCCAUCUCCAAAUUCGGCAAUGUCUCCCCAAAGUUCACAAUCCCGAGGAGCUUUUCCCGCUCCAAGUUCACGACCGUUAGAAUGUCGGCCACUUCUUCUCAGGCUCCGUCGAAACCGAGGAAAAAGGCAUCGAAAACAGAAAUCAAAGAGUCCCUUUUGACGCCGAGGUUUUACACGACGGAUUUCGAUGAGAUGGAGACCCUUUUCAACACUGAGAUCAACAAGAACCUGAACCAGGUGGAGUUUGAGGCUCUUCUUCAGGAGUUCAAGACUGACUACAACCAGACCCACUUCAUCAGGAACAAGGAGUUCAAGGAAGCCGCUGACAAACUUCAGGGUCCUCUCAGACAGAUCUUUGUUGAGUUUCUGGAGAGGUCUUGCACUGCUGAGUUCUCCGGAUUCCUUCUUUACAAGGAGCUCGGAAGAAGGCUCAAGAAAACCAACCCAGUGGUAGCUGAAAUUUUCUCUCUCAUGUCCAGGGAUGAAGCCAGGCAUGCUGGGUUUUUGAACAAGGGCUUAUCUGAUUUCAAUUUGGCCCUGGACUUGGGGUUCCUGACAAAGGCGAGGAAAUACACAUUCUUUAAGCCAAAGUUCAUCUUCUAUGCCACAUACUUGUCUGAGAAGAUUGGGUACUGGAGAUACAUUACCAUCUACAGACAUCUCAAGGAAAAUCCGGAGUACCAGUGUUAUCCCAUUUUCAAGUACUUUGAGAACUGGUGCCAGGAUGAGAAUCGCCAUGGUGAUUUCUUCUCUGCACUGAUGAAGGCGCAACCCCAGUUUCUUAACGACUGGAAGGCAAAGUUGUGGGCUCGGUUCUUCUGCUUAUCAGUAUACGUGACGAUGUAUCUCAACGAUUGCCAGCGAACUGCGUUCUAUGAAGGGAUUGGACUCAACACAAAGGAAUUUGAUAUGCAUGUCAUCAUUGAGACAAAUCGCACAACAGCCCGAAUUUUCCCAGCUGUGCUGGAUGUUGAGAACCCAGAGUUCAAGAGGAAAUUGGACCGGAUGGUAGAGAUUAAUGAGAAGCUGCUUGCUGUCGGGGAGUCCAAUGACAUUCCCUUAGUGAAGAACUUGAAGAGGAUUCCGCUAGUUGCUGCAUUGGCCUCUGAGAUUUUGGCUGCCUAUCUAAUGCCACCCAUCGAGUCGGGAUCAGUUGAUUUUGCAGAGUUUGAACCACAACUAGUUUACUGAUUCUUUUUUUGUAUAAGUUCCUACUCACCUCUUGCGACUUUCAAGUCAAGGAAUGUAUUUUAAAGUUCAACGUACCGUAUCAUAGAGUGGCACAUGUUGUGAAGAUAGGGUCGCCUCUAUUCUGGCAAGGAUAGAGCAUUUUCUUGCACUUUUUCUGUCUCUCAUAUUCUAAGAUUAAACCUUAAUGGCUACAUCUUACAUGGUUUAUAGUGCUCAA